UCGGCAGCGGCACUCAGCAGUACUGCAGCAACAGUAACCGCGCGAGGAUGGUGUGUGCGCGCGCCCUACUCGCGGUCGGAGUCGGCGUCCUCGCAAUACACGCAGUGUUAGCGGCGGACAAGCGUCAGCCGAUCAAGGAGGCCCUACUUCUGAACAGUGACCAGUUCGGUAACGCGACCUUUGAGGACUGCGUGUGGAGGCGGGAACGGGAGCCCUGCCCCGACCCUGAUGUCAAGCUGCAUCUCUACACCGAAGCUGAGCCCUCAAAGAGAGUGGUCGACUUGUUCAGUGAGGAUUGGCUGCGGCAGAGCGGCUGGGAGCCGGCGCACGAAACUAUUCUCCUGAUCCACGGGUAUGCGGGCGGCGACGACACGCUGCCCAUCAGCGUGUUGAGAGACGCGUACCUCCGGCGCGGCGGCUACAACGUGUUAAUGCUGGACUGGGGCGCGCUGUGCCAGCCGCCGUGCUACGUGUCGGCCGUGCACAACCUGCGGCCGGCGGCGCGCUGCGCGGCCGAGGCGCUGGGCUCGCUGCGCCGCGCAGGGCUCCGCCCCGACCGCCUCACGUGCGUGGGCCACAGCCUCGGCGCGCACAUGUGCGGCAUCAUCGCCAACUAUCUCACCUUCCGGCUCAAUAGGAUCAUCGGUCUGGACCCGGCGCGGCCGCUGAUCCGCUCGGCGCCGGCGCUGCGCCUGGACCCGGGCGACGCGCGCGCCGUGCACGUGCUGCACACCAACGCCGGCCGCUACGGCGAGGCGGCGCGGCUCGGCCACGCCGAUUUCUGCCUCAACGGUGGCCGCAGCCAGCCCUUCUGCGAGGACACGCCCAACGAAGCGCUGUGCAGUCACAUCUGGUCUAUCUGCUACCAAGCGGAGAGUUUGUUUGUACCACGUGCGGCGGCGCCGUGCGGGCGGCGGUGCUCCGUGCGCGUGCCGCCCUCCAGGGCCUCGGCGCUGCCCGUGCUGCUGGGACAGCCUGCGCCUAUGACGGCAUCCGGGGCAUACUGCGUGGAAGACUUCGUGCCGCCGUUCUGCCCGCACGCGGGCGGCGAGGAGGGCGAGGAGGGCGAGGAGGGCGAGGAGGGCGACCCGCGCUGCUGCCUGGACGCGCAGUACGAGGCGGCGGCCACGGGCGAGCCGCCGCGCAAGCGCCCCAGGCCUCUAGUGCGACUCCGCGCCAGGAGGGUCAAGAACAUGGAGGUCGACGAACAGUGAACUAGCUCGAGUCACGAGCGUCCAAGCACUAUCAAAUAUAUCGUAAACACACCUUUGUUAACAUUAAAAUAAGGAUGUGUUCCGACAAAGAGAAUAAGUACAUAGUAUAGAGGCGGAUUGUCAAAGUAUUUUUGUAGCCACAGUAAAUUUACUGCCAUCUUUCGACAGGAUGAUUAAAACUUUUAGAACGCCAUUUGACUUUGAUCCUUAUUCUUUCACUGAUAUGUGUUAAAUUUCAAAAAAACUCCCCAUCUACUCGAGACUAGGCCAAAGUUGUGGCGCCAUCGCUGGAAAAGAUGACACCAUACCUUUGGCUUAUACUCGAGUAGAUGGCGAUACUUUUUGAUAAUUAACAAAUUUAACACAUAUCAGUGGUAUUAGUGAAAGAAUAUGAUCAGUCAAAUAGCGUUCUAAAAGUUUUAAUCAUCCUGUCAAAAGAUGGCAGUAAAUUGACUGUGACUACCUACAAAAUUUACUUUGACAAUACGCCUCUAUUCUCUUUGGUUCCGAUAUUUGGCCACUAUGGCCGUCACUAUUUAUUUGCUGAUGCUGACUGUACCAUGACAAUUUGUAAACGGUAUUGCUAAGAUAUUAAGGCCGUCGAUGUUAAGAGUUGCGGUUAGUAGGUAACUGUGUCACCACUGAGCAGGCACGCCACGCCCAACGUAAGAUUUCAUGCGAGGGCGCUUUAGAACAUAGAUGUCGACGUUUGUGUGGUUCAGGUUUAUUGUGGUCAUAAAGUCUAAAUAUCUUAGUCUAGCUGUUGCUAGAGAAGACUCCUCAUUAUAACAAAACCACAUUUUCAUGGUCUGAUCAAAAUGUGUACAUAUUUCUUUAUUAUACGAUAGCAGUUUUUAUGGCAUACCAAACUUUUUAACUUUCGUAUGCUCCUGUCAAAAAUUUGACAUUUAUAGGUAUAUUAUGGAUGGUAAAGAAAGGAUCGCAAUCACUUAUGGCAGAAUUGUUGUAAAAGUGACCAGCUUUCAGAUGUAAAUAAUAGUUCCAAAUCUCUCCGGUGGCGCUAGGUAGGCUCUGAGACCAAAGAGUAUUGUAAUAUAUAGGAGAUUCUAUGACAUGAACCAUAGAGGUAUAAUAAUGUAGAGAUGAAAUGGGGGAGGGGCAGCGAAUAACCCGACCAAAAUACGUAGGUUGUUUCUGGUAUGUUGUCAGUAAUGUUAAAACGUGUUUUUAAUUGUGUCGCAUUGCGUAUGUUCUGUCCCUCACGGUCGCACAGGUGCACAUCUAUAUAAAAUACUAGGUGUAUGGUCUAGGUACUUCAGUGCAUGGUGGCGCCGCCUAUUUACUGUUUUUUACGGUCACUUUUCGAUACAUGAAGAUUCAUUUCCUUACCUCUACCUUCCAUAAUUUAUAUUUCAAUCUUAAUAAAUAAUACAUGUUUAAGUUGAAUAUAUGGGAGCAGAUCUGCUCCUAAGCAUACCAAAGGAUAAGUCCCCGGCAAGCUUGGCCGAAUUUUACCUUUCCAUACAAACGGAGUAUCGUUCUCAUUUUAAAACUACGUGUUGGAUUGUAAUGAAACUUUGCACUUACAAUUACAUGAGGUAUAUCUAGGUCUGUAAUUAGUUUAUAUAGCUCCAGUUUAUAAAACAAACGAAAUAGAGCAAAAACCAGUUUUGUAUGAGAAACUUAAAUCCGCUGUAUUUUUAAGUAUGGUAUCUGAAGCUACAUAAACUCAUUACAGACAUAGAUAUACCUUAUCCUAUUGUAAGUACAAAGCUUCAGAUCAAACUAGCUACUCGUUUUAAAAUGAGAGCGUAUGCGUAUGUAAUUAAUGUCGUUGAGACACGACUACUCAUACUAUGCAUUAUGGCAUUCCACGUUGCCGCUCUUUACUACCUAGGUACGAGUACCUAUUACUAAUUGGCUAAUUCAUCAAUCAAAAGCUUCGUCUCGUUUGGCGCAGGCUUACUCUCAUAAAGAUGCAUUAGUUUUUAUAAUGAGAAUGUUGAAAUACAGUUAAAGUAUAUGAACAUAGUCUGGAAGUACAAAGGAAUUAUGGUUAAAAUACUGAACUUCAGACAGACUGGUGUACUAUUGAAUGUAAGCAGAAAAUCGUUGAUAUUGCGGCAGGUUUAGCAUCAAUAUAUGUUUCAAAGGGUUGUAUAAAUUAUUAAUUUAUCACCGACAGCAAUCUUAUUGGUAGUUAGCUGCGUCACUUUCGUUUGACAUAUUGAGGAAGAAAUGUUAAUAACAAUAAUAACAUUUGUGGGGCAAUAAACCACGUGGCACGAUAAAACUGCCUAAGGCCUAUUGCAUGUUCUAACAUCUGUUUAGGUAAGGAAUGUGCUGAUCAAUGAAUUUUCAGUAAAGACUUAGGUUUAAGUAUAAAUUAUUAACUAUUUUUUAAUAGAGAUGAUAUUAGCGUGAAGUGCUAAUGUCGAAACCAUAAAAAUGUAAGUGAAAAUAUCAAUACCCAU